UGUCUGCCAGUUUUUGCCUGUUCUGAACAGUGAUCUGCCUUUUGGAGUAUUGCCGAUCAGCCCCUUUUGUCAGAUAAGUGGUGUUUUUUUCUGCCUCUGGCUCUGCGUGACUCUUAAUGCAUUUAAUCUCAAGCAAACUUGAACUUUAUCUCACUGCUUUGUAAGUUGUUGUUUUGGGUAAGAACCUUGUUUUCACUGACUGGUAUAGUAGUCACCGAUAUAUUAUGGUCACUUUGUACUGUGGGAUAGUUGCAGUAAAAGUUUUAACUGUUGAUCUGAAGCUCUCCAUAAUCUAGUCAGAAGAAGAUAGCUGUCUAUCCAAGUCAUACAUUGGGACACAGCUGCAAUUACUUGGAACUUUGGGUUCAGUUUUUCUUGGCGGAGGCCAGUGGGCUGUUAAAGCCCUGACCACUAGAUUGUUUCUGUGUUGCAAGGAAGCAUGUUGCCUUACUGGUUAGUCAAAACUGCACACACUGUUUUUUUUGUUUUUUAAAUGCAGACUUCAAGUUUAUUAUUGAUAUUAACACUAUUAAUUGUCAUAUGCAAAAAUUGCCCCUUAGCAGAUAUUUCAGCAUGCAAAAACUUUUUGUGGUCAAAUUCAUGAAAUAAAAAGUGACAGUGCUCGUUUUAUGUCUGAUUACUGCAGGUAUGGGUUGUGUUCACUUCUUCACCUAAAAAAAAGACAAUAACAUAUGUAGUUUGUCCAGACUUUUGCAGAGAGCUAUAAUGUCAGUGACAGUGCAGACGCAUCUUGUGUUUUAUUCUAAUGACUAAUAAUUAUUUGACACUGACUGAGAUUGGCCACAACAUUUGGGUUGAAGGUCUGACGUUUAUCACAAGACAUUAAAAGGAAGGGGAAAUUUAGUUUAGCCAAAAAUGAUUUGAGUAUUGAGACAGGCACUUACUCGACCAGGAGUAUGGAGGUGUAGAGACAUGAGAUGCAAAACAGGGAUAGAGGACGUAGACUCUAUAGUCUCAAACAUCACCACUAACAUCAGCCCUCCUUCCCUCAGGUAGACGCCCACUUUGGGGAAGCGGAAGAUGGACCGAGCUCUGUUUGUUUCGUGGUCUCUUGCCGUAAACUGGAAGCAAACGUCUGAACUCCAUUUCGAUGGCACAUCUGCAGUCAUCAUGGAUUGUUAUGAAGUCUGGAAGCAGCGAGGAGAAGUCGCGACUGCAGACAUGUAGACUAACGCUAGGAAAAAUAGCAGGUCUGAAAAUGUGUUGAUCCAUCAAACUGUAGCAAAGCGGUAGAAGGUGCGCCUACCGUCACGGUGCUCCCCAGCCGGUGUGUCUGCUGCCAUGGAGGUGGGCAGCCUCCCCGUGGAGCUGUGGAGGGUUAUCUUGGCCUACCUCCCUCUCCCUGACCUGGGCCGCUGCUGCCAGGUGUGCCGUGCCUGGCGGGAGCUCAUCCUCUCUCUGGAUAACACCCGCUGGAGACAGCUCUGCCUCGGUUGCCCUGAGUGCCGUCAUCCCAACUGGCCCAGUCAGCCCCAUCUGGAGCCCCCAUCCUGGAGGGAGGCCCUGAAGCAGCACGCCCUGGCCACCCGCACCUGGACUCAAAAUGGGCCAGAGCUCCAGUCUUCUGCCUGCCUCCUCUUUUUCCGCCGUCGAAAAGACCGCAGGGUUUGGCACGUGGGUCCUGGAUGCGAGUUUGAGACCCUACGUGGGGCCCUCGGGGUGGUGGGGCCAUAUGACCGUGUGGUUCUCCAUCCAGGGGUAUAUGAGGAGCAGGCUGAGGUGGCGCUGAAGGUGCCUGUGGAGCUGGUUGGGCUGGGUCGAUUGGGCGAGGUGUCCCUCCUGGUGUGUAUGGAGCAGCAGUGUCCUACUGCCAGGCUGUGUAAUCUGGUGUUCAUGCCACCCUGGUUCUCCACUGUGGUCUACAAGACAUCAUGGGGUCACGUCCAGCUAGAUAACUGCAACUUUGAGGGGGCUCAGUUGCAAAUCCGUGGCCCAGGAACCUGCCAGGCUCGCUUCUGCUCCUUCUCACAGGGCAGCUCUGCCCACUUGCUGGGUGUUGUCCUCAGUUUAUUGGACAGCUGUGACUUCUCAGGAAGUGACACAGCCUCAGUGACUGUGGAAGGUCCUCCAGUGUUAGAACGGAACUGGGCUUGUAAACACUUGGCCGGCCUGGCUAGGACGUUCCCAUCAUGUGGCAUGUCUGGGAAUAACGGUAGCUCUCCCAGAGGCCAACUGACUGGCUCCACUGGUGGGCAUCAACCUUCAGGGAAUAAUGUCAAAAAGGAACAUGUGAGCAUAGAGGACUGGCAGAAGAGGACUGGGGUAGAUGCAGUGUGUCAGGGCACAGUGAUUGAAGAUGGCUGGAGUGAUGGUGAACACAGCGAGGGAGAAGAGGAGAGCCGAGAUGGUGAAAAAACCAACACCAAACACCCAUUUAUAAUGGAUUACAAAAUCCCAUGUGACAAUCAUGGCCUAUCCCAUUUGCUCAAGCCCCGGGCAGAUGGUUCUCUGCCACUGGCCUCCUCCCCGGAUCCCCCACCUGUGACCCCUGAACCCCUCACCCUUCAGCAGGAACUAGAGAGGGACCCAGAAGCUCAGAUGUUGGCAGCGUCCACACUUGGCUGCAUCCUCAGACGCUGCCUCUUCAGGGAAGGGAAGGGGGGCGUGCAUUUGUCUAACUAUGGACAAGCUCGGCUGGAAGGCAAUGUCUUCCGUGGGCUGAACUACGCCGUCCGCUGCAUCCAGAACUCCACAAUAGUGAUGCUGAGAAACGAGGUGUGCGAGUGCCGUGCGUCAGGUGUGUUCCUGCGUCUCUCCGCUCAGGGCCUCAUCGCAGAAAACAACAUCCACUCGAAUGGAGAGGCGGGGCUGGAUAUCCGAAAAGGGGCUAACCCCAUAAUUGUGUGCAACAAAAUACAUAGUGGUUUGCGUUCUGGGGUUGUUGUCCUUGGUAACGGGAAAGGUUCAAUUCGGAGCAACCAGAUCUAUAACAACAAAGAAGCGGGUGUGUAUAUUCUCUUCAGCGGGAAUCCUGUGGUCAGUGGGAAUCACAUCUUCCAGGGCCAGGCAGCAGGGAUUGCAAUAAAUGAGAAUGGCAGAGGGAUGAUAACAGAGAAUGUGAUCAAAGAGAACCAGUGGGGGGGUGUAGAUAUCCGCAGAGGAGGUGACCCCAUCUUGAGGAACAACUACAUCUGUUAUGGCUUCUCAGACGGUGUGGUGGUGGGAGAGAGAGGACGCGGACUUAUUGAGGGAAACCAUGUCUACUGUAACAAAGGCUGUGGUGUGUGGGUUAUGUCGUCUAGCCUCCCACAACUCCUGGGAAACUACAUCACCCAUAACUGUAUGUAUGGGCUGGCAGUGUUCUGCAGGAAAGACCCGGAGAACAUCGAGGCGAGGGAGGGGAACUGGCCAGGGCAGGAAGGGAUCGGUGGAGAAGGAGGGAGCGGGGAAAGGAGAGGAGUAGAAGGAGAAGGAAGAGAAGGGCAGGAGAACUUGAACGAAGAGGGGGAAUUGUUUGCGUGGGAGAGCGAUCUGGACAGCGAGGAUGAGCGACACUCUGCCCGUCGUUCCAUUAGUGUGGCCCUGGUGGAGAGCAACUGCAUGAGUUACAAUGGAGCGGUUGGUCUGUACGUGAAGAGCAGUGAGCCCCUGAAUGUUUUUGCUAACCUUGUAAACAGCAACCGCGGCACUGGAAUUGCUGUGCUGCAGAGCAGUCAGCUGACCCGACUGGUUACAAACUGCAUACUUGAAAAUGUUCGAGGUGGCGUUACGGUGGAGAAAGACUGCCGUGUGGAGCUUCGCGGUAACGGCAUCUAUGAAAACAGUGGCCAUGGCGUCGGUUUCAGUGGCAAUGGGCAGAUUGUGGAGAAUGAUGUGGUAGCAAACCGGGGAUAUGGGAUCCAAGUCUCGGGCAAUGCUGACAUCAAGGUACUGCGCAACCGUGUCCAACCAGCACAGGGCUGUGGCAUUGCUGUUCUCGGGCCAGUAAAAGGAGUUGUCCAUGACAAUCUCUUGUUCCAGGGCCAUCCUGGAAACAAAAAAACACUGCUGCAUAUGGAUCCUGGCAAUGAUAGCUGUGUGUUGCGCAACAACAGUAUUCUAAGGCAUAAUAACAGCUGUACAUCUGCUCCUCCCUGGGUUUUGGAAAACCCUCCUCCUCGUCCACUGGCCAGCUCCCCCUCUGGCCUGUCGUCAUCCCGAUAUCCCUCCCGACUUGGAAUUUCCAUGACAACCAGGAUCAGCGCCACUGUGGAGAGUGGUUGCCACAGUGGCAGCAUGUUCUGCUCCAUCCUGUGAAUACUGGCAAGCACUUAUAAACCAACAUGAAUGACUUUACCAAGAGGUCAGCAUUUGAUCACUUCUGAAUUGGUGUGUUAUUGUAAAUUUGGAGCACUCUAGACGUCCUCAGAGAAGACCCUCCAAAGUGAUGCCCUGCUGUUGGCGUGGAGUAACCACCCAGUAGUAAGAGGCUGCACCAUGUAUAACCACUAAAGGGGCCGACCACCUUCUCGAACAUUAGGGUGGCACAACAUUUUGUAAAUCUGAAAUCAGACUUUUGUAAUUUUAGGAUAGAAUGCCAAUGCUUUCAUCAAAUGUGGACACAUGAUGUGAAGCAGGAGUGCAAGACGAGCAUUGUUACCAUCCUACAUCUGAAACAACCGUUUCCAUAAUGCAGCUUUAACUUCAAAAAUCACGUUCUUAUAAAUGCAGAUUUCAUAUUCAUGUACAGGACUGCUGUAGACUUUGUUGGUUUUUGUCAGUUUGUUUCUGAGACUUACUGGUUAGGAAGUGCACAUUUAUAAGUCCUAGCAGGAGUCAGAGGCAUCAGAGAUGCCAGCUUAAAUCAUGCUACAAAGUAAAGCUGUGCCUUGUAUGACUUUUUAAUCAACCAGUGAUUGUAGCUAGGGGGGGGGGUCGUCAGUGUGAGGUGUAUAUGCAAAAAAAUUGAAAAAACAAAGCCAAACUUAAGUUUCUGCCUCUUGCACAGAGCUGUUCUGUUUCCUGGUGAGUCUGUUUCUGUAUCAUGCCCUCCAUGUUGUUUUUAAUAUUUUGCAUUUCAGCUACAUGAAAUUCAGAGGAAGAAAAAUGUGUCAUUCCAGAUGUAUCAACACGCUGCACAGUAACACACAACCACAGACUCACCUGGUAACAGCCAGUUAAGGAAGGAAAAAGAUGUUAAGUGUGCAAUAUGUGAUGUCUACAAAGGUGCCUAUGCGUUUUAUCUAAGCUAAUGUUUUCUGUCAUCUAGAAUUUUUUUACAGCUCAUUACUCUGUUUUAUUUGUAUCAUGCACAGUAAGAACUAAAUAACAAUAUCAUGUAUAACUCAAAGUCGACCAUUUUAUUUGUCUACAAAAUUCAUCAAUAAACAGUUCUUGUUUGUGGCGUUUCCAA